AACAAAAUUCGUUAUCUGCUAAAGAGAAAGAAAAACAUUUUUAUUUUAUAAACAGAGAGUUAAAUUGUUCUUAAACAUGAUGAUGAACAAAGCCGUUCUUGGCUCGAUCCUGGUCUUCAUGUUGAUCGGUUCGGUUCUUGUUGAGAGUCGUCCGCUUGGUCUAACAAAGACCGAGGAGAAGCUCGUGGCUGGUUUCUUCGAUGGCUUGUCACUUGGUUCGAUGAAAGACUCAGGUCCGAGUCCAGGCGAGGGUCACAAGGUUCAGAAGGUCGAGCUUCGAAAAAAGGAGUGGAAAUACUUUGUUCACUAUCUUGGUUGGAACAAAAAUUGGGAUGAAUGGGUUAGCGCGGAUAGGUUGUUGAAACAUACUGAGGAGAACCUUGUGAAACAGAAAGCUCUAGACAAAAAGCAAGGAGUAGAAAAAGGUACCAAGUCUGGGCGUUCGGCUCAGACAAAAACUAGAAGCUCUGCAGACACAAAGGCUGAUAAAGAUGACACGAAGACCAAUGCUGCAAAAGGGAAGAAACGAAAGCACGAGUCCGGCAAUGAGAAGGAUAACGUAUCGGCGGAGAAGCUAAUGAAGAUCCAAAUUCCCGCAACACUUAAAAAGCAGCUCAUUGACGACUGGGAGUAUAUUGCGCAGAAGGACAAGGUUGUGAAACUUCCUCGUUCACCUAAUGUCGAUGAGAUAUUGGCCAAGUACCUGGAAUUUAAAACCAAGAAGGAUGGAAUGAUAACUGAUUCGGUCGCUGAAAUUUUGAAAGGCAUAAGGAGUUAUUUCGACAAGGCAUUACCAGUGAUGCUCUUGUAUAAGAAAGAGCGGCGACAAUACCAAGAAUCAAUCGUGGAUGAUACUUCACCUUCAACUGUUUAUGGCGCCGAGCAUUUGCUCCGUCUCUUUGUGAAGUUGCCAGAGCUUCUUUCAUAUGUAAACAUGGAAGAAGAAACAUGGAGUCGCAUGCAACAAACAUUAUCAGACUUCCUCAAGUUUAUUCAGAAGAAUCAGAACACUUUCUUGCUACCAUCAGCAUAUGAUUCUGAUAAGGUUUCAGAUGGUAAAGGCAAAGGAAAAGACGACUGACAGCUCCAGAAACAAAAAUUUGUUGUAAUUUUAGAAUUCCUUCAUUUUUCUGAUGAAUUCAUAAUUGUAAGGUACAUUUGCUGAGAUUUGUAGCUGAAUAUGAAAUCUUUUACAGGCCUUUGAAGUUAACGAUUUGGUUCGUGUAAUAUUUAUUUUAGUGUUCAAUAAAAAAAAUUCGAACAA